CGACGAUACUAGAAACAGCAAUGUGUGCAUUCUAAAUCUAUUUUUGCAGUUCUUGCGCCAUUACACCACGAACAGGUGGAGGGCCCUCUGCAGCAGACGAGGAAACCUAAAAUGGGAGUUGAUGUAAUUCUGAUGCCAGUCUCAGAAAUUUGUAUCCAUUUUCAUGUGAAUGUUUACACUUUGUAAACUGAAAUCUGUAAGAUGUUCAUGGUGAUGUUUCAUAUUUUUCAGAUGGAAUCACAACAUUCUCAACAUGGGCAAAUUAUUGAGAUAGGCAUUGAUGGUCCUGACAGGGAGAGGUAUAUAGGAGGGACUAGGAUAUGUGGGGCUGCAUUUUGUGGAUUCUCAGAUGCCCGAAUAAACUCUAAGGAAUCUGAAGAACGAUCCGCUUCCAUGCGAAAGCUGUUAAUUGCAGUGGCACUUUGUGUUGUCUUCAUGGCCAUCGAAGUUGUUGGUGGCAUCAAGGCCAACAGUCUGGCUAUAUUGACUGACGCAGCACACUUGCUUUCGGAUGUUGCUGCUUUUGCUAUCUCCUUGUUCUCUAUUUGGGCAGCUGGCUGGGAAGCCACUCCCCGUCAGUCCUAUGGAUUUUUUAGGGUUGAGAUUCUUGGUGCUUUAGUUUCCAUCCAGCUUAUUUGGUUGCUAGCGGGGAUUCUGGUAUAUGAAGCCAUUGUUAGGAUCAUUAAUGAGACGGGAGAGGUAAAUGGCUUUCUAAUGUUUAUAGUUGCUGCAUUUGGUUUAAUUGUGAAUGUUAUCAUGGCUUUAUUAUUAGGCCAUGAUCAUGGGCAUGGGCAUGGACAUGGCCAUGACCAUGACAAUCACAAGCAUGGAAUGAAAAUUACCGCACAUCAUCAUCACGCGGAGCACUCAAAAGAUGACGAGCAUCAUCAUGAGGAGCACUCUAAAGAUGAUGACCAUCAUCACGAGAAGCACUUAAAAGAUGAGCACCAUCAUUCAAAUGAAGAUUCUGCUGAGCCACUUCUGGGUAAAGAAAAGAACAAGUCUGAAAGGAAGAAGAGAAAUAUAAAUGUACAAGGAGCUUAUCUCCAUGUACUUGGAGACUCCAUUCAGAGUAUUGGGGUUAUGAUUGGAGGUGGAAUCAUAUGGUAUGAACCUGAAUGGAAGAUAGUUGAUCUGAUAUGCACGUUAGUUUUUUCUGUAAUUGUUUUGGGCACAACAUUUAACAUGCUUCGGAACAUACUUGAAGUGUUGAUGGAGAGCACACCUAGAGAGAUAGAUGCAACGAAGCUCGAAAAGGGGUUGUUAGACAUGGAGGAAGUGGUUGCUAUUCAUGAGCUACAUAUAUGGGCCAUUACAGUGGGGAAGGUACUGCUGGCUUGCCACGUGAAAAUCAGGCCGGAUGCAAAUGCAGACAUGGUGCUGGACAAUGUGAUUAACUAUAUCAGAAGGGAAUACAACAUCAGUCAUGUUACUAUCCAGAUAGAACGCCAGUGAGUCGAUUUUUCUGGGGCCUUAUGGUUCUAAAGUAUUCAAUUUCUUGAACUGAUAUUUUUAGCUUCUUACUAUGUUCAUCCUUCUUAGAUAUGGCUUUCAAAUAUUUAGCAUAGAAAUGAUGGGUAAAUCAACAGGAAGUGAUGGUUAUCAUUUGUGGAUGAUUUUUCUUUCGCCCUAUUCCCAGCAUUUUUUAAAGCCACUUAUAUCUUUAGUUUGUUCAA